UCCCACUCGGUGGAUCUCCGCUUCCUUCCGGCUGUCUCGCUUCGUCCUGGCAAGAUCGCGGCGGAUCCCUCGGGAGAGGCUUCUGGAUCCCGCUGGGGCAGAUCUGGCUGCUCCCCCUCCGGCCUUUGGGCGCCCCUCCCGCCAGGAGAGCUUCCCCCCCCCGCCAGGAGAAAGAAGAAGCUGCAAUGUGUUUUACAAAGCACCAAGGAAGUUUUGAAGUUGGUCUUCUGAGCAGGAACUAGAACAAGCUAAUGGCCAAAAGGCUACCUUGCAUAACUGUAAAUAUUUUUUUAAACACCUGCCUGGAAUCUUUGUGGCCUUGCAGCCUCCAUAAACAACAGGAAAGAGCAGCCCUGUCUACAUAUGCUCUGCCCCACCUGAUCUCUCUCAUAUUCCACUGAGUUUUCCUACUCACAACUCUGCAUUGGUGGUCCCUGUUGGACUUCAUCUUGCUGGUUUCUUCCAUUUUGGCUUAUCAAGAUCUUGAAUUCACCAUUCCAUCUCCAUUAUUUUGUAUUGUGAACAAACAAUUCCAUAUUCUGAUCUCUCUUCCAGAGAGUCCUCUGGGAUUGGGCGGCAUAUAAAUAUUUGAAAAUAAAUAAAUUAUGUUCAGUAUCACUGUUGGCAUCUGAGCCUUUCUCAUUUCUCUUUGCCGGAGACCAGUGAGGAUGUGGCUGUGAGCUCCACAGAAGAAAAGGGGCGUUCUUGGAUUGGGACCCACAAGUUUUUGGCCCAGACUCCGUUCUAGAGAAUUUGGAAAUCUUGUUUGAUAAGCAGCUUCCUGCACAAAAGGCCAAUGGAUUAAGGAGAAAUGAAACAUGUCAGAAGUGACGGUCAUCCCUGGCCUGGACUCAGAGGGGGAACUGGUGACCCAGAGACCUCUUAGCUGCAACUUUAAAGCAGGAGAACAACUGCGACCAAGGAUUUACCUGCAAGACAACUAUGAAUAGAUAGUAGAAAUUCAGCCCAAGGCAGAAGGCACCAGAAAGCAUGGAGCCUGGGAAACUCUUGGAUCCCCUGUCAGACCCAGGCAGCACUCCGAAAAAACAGAAAAAAACGCAUGAAUGCUCAGUGUGUGGAAAAUCCUUUGCUCACAAGAAGGCCCAUGUGGGAAGGGGAUCCAGUCAAGGUUUGGAGGGUGGGAAAUCCUUCUCUGGAAAAGACCCCAAAGACUCCAGAAGCCCCCCCAGACCACAACCCCAUAAAUGUGAGGAAUGUGACGUACGCUUUGGUCAAAAGUCACACCGUCUGACACACCAGAAAAUCCACACUGGAGAGAAACCUUAUCAGUGUCUGGAAUGUGGAAAAUCUUUCCUUCAAAGAGGAAAACUCAGAGUUCAUGAGAGGAUUCACACAGGGGAGAAACCUUACAAGUGUUGGGAAUGUGGGAAGAGCUUUUCUAGCAAUGGAAGUCUUCGGCUUCAUGAAAAGAUUCAUACAGGAAUAAGACCUUACAGAUGCUUUGAGUGUGGAAAAUGUUUCACCCAGAGUUCAUCUCUUCGGACACAUGAGAAAACACACAGGGGGGAGAAAAACGAGAAAUGCCUCGAAUGUGGAAAAUGUUUUACCUUGAAAUCGCACCUGGUGCAACAUCAGAGAAUUCACACUGGAGAGAGACCCUACGAAUGCCCAGAAUGUGAGACCCGAUUUGUGGAUGCGUCUAAUCUUUGGAGACACCAGAAGGGGCACAGAGGGGAGCUUCCCUAUAAUUGUGGGGAGUGUGGAAAAUGCUUCGGCCAAAAAUACCAGCUGCGAAGGCAUCAGAGGGUCCACACAGGAGAGAAGCCAUACAGAUGCGUAGAAUGUGGAAAAUCUUUCGCUCAAAAGGAAAACCUGUGGACACAUCUUAAAACCCACACAGGGGAGAAGCUAUACGGAUGCCUAGAAUGUGGAAAAUCUUUUGCCCGAAAGGGAAACCUUUUGGCACAUCAAAAAACCCACACAGGGGAGAAGCCAUAUCAAUGCUUUGAAUGUGGACAAUUUUUUUCUAGCACAUCAAACCUUAGAAGUCACGUAAAAACUCACACGGGGGAAAAAAAUUACAAAUGUUUAGACUGUGGGAGAACGUUUGCUCAUUCCUCUCACCAUAGACGUCACGCCCGAAUCCACGUGGGAGAGAAGUUGCUUCUCUCC